GUGUCUCUCCAUCAAUACCUUUCGAUGUGGACUAUAUUUUUUUGCAUUAUUCAUAUACGCGCACAAUUACAAACGCGGUCACGUUAUGUAAUAUAACCGUUUCGAUAUGCGUGCUUGCCGUACGCGGCGAAGUGACUUCAAGCGGCAUCGCGGUUGCGCGUUCGAUUGCGCUUGAUCUAAUCGCGUUUGCAUUCAAAUCGCAUCGCUACCGAUCGAUAAUGACACAGCUCAGGCUAUGUUUAUGUUUGCGUUUCUCUCGACGUUUUUAGUUCUGUCGCGUAUUCGUGCUGUCGAUGAUGGACCCGGUCGCGAUUCUUCGGCAACGCUCGCGUCGAACAUAAUUGUCCGCAGUAUCCGUAAGCAUCCGUCGAACAUGGAAACCGCGUUUUAUGAAGGUUCUCUACAACUCUCGCGACGUCAUCUCCUCGAAUAUCCACGUUGGAUCAAGCAAGCAUAUCGCAGUAACGACUACGUUGUUCGACAACGCUAUCGACCACGGAACCGACCUGACUACGGCAGAUCGUAUCGUUCUGCUGUGAAUGACGAGGAGGAGGAUGAAGACGAAGACGAGGAGGAAGAGGACGAAGGUGACGAAGAAGACAAGGUCAACGACGACGAGACCGCCGACGAGGCCGUCGAUGAGACCGCCGAACAGGCCGACGAGGAGGACCAAGAAACGGUUGAAGAUGCCGGCAGGACUCGUGUGGCCAGGUCUGGUUACGUGCCGCUCGUGGGUAAGGUCGACGAUUGCGAGAGACAGGAAGUCGUGACGAUUAGAUCGACCACGGAGGAGUGCGAGGAAACGUCCACGGAGACCCUGCAAUAUUACGAAUACGAGACCGAGGUGAAGGACUCAGUUUCUCAAGUUGGCGGCGAAUUUCGGAAGGCAUCUACCGUCAAAAUGCUCGGCGCAAGUCUCUUUAUCUUUUUGCUCACCUGAAAGUCAUGAAAUACGAAAAGAAGGAGA